AAAAAAAAAUGCCAUCCAAUAAUACACUAAAAAAAACAGGUGCCCACCUGUCUGUUGUUGUGGUUUGGGAUUUACUAGGAGCUGAAAGGCAUCGUGGGAGAUUUUAGGGCUGCGAGAACACACUCAAGAGUCAGCCAAGUGCUCGUUAAUGCCUCAACUGCAACACGCGAACAGAGGGAGAUCAGCUUGAGAGAGGAUUUGCUCCGUAUUAACCCCGAGAGGGGACAGAGCCAGCUGGAGUACACGGGAGACAGACUAGACAGGCGCGUUGGGAAAAAAACAUUACAACCAGCCAAGAACAGUUCUUAGUUUGAUUGAGCACGGAGCAACAGUGCAGCGUGAGAAGGGAGAGCAGCACUGGGGUUAAAGCGGCUCCACGAAAAAAGGAGAACACCAAGAAAAAUAGUGCCGCUUAUUCUCCACACGAGGACGUCCACCGGAGGAAGCGUCGCCGCCGGAUGUUGCACGGAGCAGAAUGGGACACACUCACGUGCCACUCAUGCACACGUACGCACGCUCCCACGGGGAUAAACGCAGAUCCAGUCGACUGCAGCCCGCCCCACCAAACUACAACCUGAACAAUGCUUUAGGCGCUAUCGGAGUCCUCGGUCUGGAACUGAUAGCAGACGAGCUUAAACCCCAUCUGAACACAGUGCUGACCAACAUUAAGGAGAGGAAGAAGGGCGCUGCUGAGCAGGUAGUGAUCAGCGGGAUCCUGCCUAUCCUGGCCCUGUCUCUGAGGAGCAGGGGGCCUCUCGCGGUGCUCACCGCAAAACUGGUGGCUGAACUCGCCAAGGAAUCUGUGGUUCGUAAAGGUUUCAGCGACGCGGGUUUGGUGCCGGCGUUGCUGUCCGUGCUGACCAGUCCGGACCAAGAACUGCUCCUUCACGCUGUAGAAGGCAUCUCGCGCAUGUCGUAUGACAGCUCUAAGCUGCAGGAACUGUUGCUGCGUCGAGGUGCGGUGCCUCGUCUGGUUGCCAUCCUGCUCCGCUGUCCCGAUAAGGAGGGCCUGGAGGAAGUGUGCCUUCAGGCCCUCUGCAACCUCAGCGGCAUGGGCGUGUCGGAGGAGGCCGGCGUGGUCUGGCAGAGGGGUGCGUCCGUGAGGCCCGGGGAGUCCGUCUUUCGUGGCGUUUCCCCUCACGCCUGCGGCCUGGCCUCCUCCGUGACUCUGGUGUGCGUGUCUCAAUGGGCGCCGGGUCAGUACGCGGUCAACGUCGAGGUUUUCCAGCGCUGCUCCUCCUCCUCUUUCUGGAGGCUUCACGGGAACAAGCGGACGGCUCGUUGGUUCCCGUUCUCCGGCUUGGGAAGCUAUCUGUGUAAGGUGAUCAAGUUCUCCACGAGGAACGUUCCUCGAGCCAAAAGUCUGAAGGCUCGCGUGUUCCACACUUUCCUCUGACAGCCUAAAUACUGCAAACUGACCUAACCGGCACAUGCGACCC